AUGACCUGUGCAACUCACUGCCAAUUCCUGUCUCCAGCACGCAUUCAUUCGGGCAGCGCCCUUCCCCCAGAGAUCAGGCAGGCACAGCUGCGGGUGCCGAACAAGCGCAGGGAGACUACACCCAUCUACGCAAAGGGACGUGCCAGAAAGACCACCGGAAUCAAGGACACGAGGAAGCGCGUCACCAUCCCCUACCCGACGUGGAUUCGGAGGUCCGUACCCGCAUUCCAUCGCCGCGCUCCCUGCAUCGACAUCUAUCGCGUUGGCUGGAUGGUCGAGCAACGAUAUCUUGUCUUCCAACCGAGGGCACACAAGGCGAGCGGGCAACCGAGUCACAAGAGCAUGGCAAACUUGUGGUGGUGGCAAGGACUGCGAUAA